GUGUAUGAGGGCAACUGUAGUUCUCGUGCUUCAACAAACACAGUUGAGAAACAAAACAAAACCGCCCGAGCAUUUUCACGCCACUGUGAAUCUAAUUAUGUGGGAAUGUCAAGAGCUCUGAAUGCAAAUGGGUGCAGAAUAUGAGCAAAGUAUUAAAUCACUCCCGAUGCUAAGCUGUCUGACAGAUGGCUCUCUUGAAUGCCCCUGAAAGAAAACAAGAUCUAUCUAUCUGUAUAGGAUAUUAGAAUAUAUUCUAGCAAAAUCAGAUUCACACAGCUAAACAACAGAAUAAAGUUGGAACAACUGAUGAACUAUUAUCGUUUUUUUAAAUCAGUUUUAAACAUUAACACAUUAACUAGUUCCACCUUUUGGAUUGUGAGGAGUCUUUGUCUAGCAUUAAACUCAGACAAGGUUGUAAUCAGGCCUGAUUAAAACACACACACACACACACACACACCCCAGCUACACUAAUUGUGAAAAUAAUCGGUAAUUAAAUUUAUUGUUACCCACAACUGGCUGAAAAUUCAGAUUGGAGUGCACAGUAAGGACUGUCCCUGUGCUGUGGAGCCUGUCCUCUGUCUGUCCACAUUACUUCAAGGUUUAAUAUACAUCAGGCUUGGUUCAAACAUGUGGCUGGGGAGAAAGCCUCAAACCAGCUGCAGAUUUCCUGCCUGACCUGUUUUCUUAUGUAAACAGAAUCAGUGUCACUUGUGCCUUUACUUUGACUAAGUUUACAUGCAUUUAAUACAUUUAUAAUGAAUAACUUUUCUGAUUUCUGAGAUUCAAGCAAAAGUACAAAUACAAGUCAUGCAUUUAAAUUUUGACUUAAAUGAAAGUACUUGCAUCAAAAUAUACUUAAAGUACAAGUCGUCAUUAUUAGCAUUAGUAUUCAAUGGCAUGAUUUAAAAUAAUACUUAUUGGGUUAUAACUACUGAUGAAUUAAUGUGUUCACAACUUUAUUGCUGAAGCUGCUGGAGUAUAUAAUGUAUAACAGUAUAUAUUAUCUGCCUCAGAUGAAUAAAAGUCCAAAGUAGCAGAAAGUAGAAAUACUCAAGUGAAGUACAACUAGCUCAACAUUGUACUUACCACCACUGCUGAGAUGUAAAGUGGGAGUCUAGUUUCUUUUAUCAAGGUUGAUAAGAAAAAAACCCCUGAUAUUUAGUGACUUUACUUCCUCUUUAUGAAUCUGGUUAUUGUUUGCUUUCUACAGCAAUGCUGUUCCUGUAUCAUGAAACUACAUCACGGUAAGCCAGCUGUCUUGAGGCUUUUUGAUUUUUAACCAGGGCAGAUCACCAUGGUUACCCACAGUAUGUUCCUGAGCAGAGCAGUUAGUGUGGGUAAACUGUCCACUUACCAACAAAUCAACUUGCUGGACAGUGAGGGCAAUCAAUCCUAUGGCAUGAUUAUAUCAGACAGAAGAGAACUUUUUGUCCACUCUGGCAUUACAGCGAGACUUGAGGAGACCAGGCUGGUAUUCUGUCUGUCAAGCUCAGCGAAACAGCAGGAAGCUAUCUGAAUUCAAACCAUUUUCAGACUCAUUAAACACCACUUGAUCUGCAGCAGGUGAUAUGCAGUCAUUAGCAGCCUGUUAUCCAGGAUCAUCGCUGUAAUUUAAAAAAACAUCUGACUGAGCUUGUUGAUACAGGCUGCUGAUUUCUUACACAACAUUUUAGCCACGACUCUAAUCUUAUCCUAAGAAAAAAAAAUAAAGGAUGUCAUGAUAUGUCAAGAUGAAUUCAUAAUUUCUGUUGGGUAUAAUCUGGAACAUUUGUCUUUUGAUGAUGAAGAUUUUCAAGCUUGGUUUUUACACAGUGAAAUCCCACAAGAAACAGUAUCGGUUUAGGAGCCCUCCUCACAGUGGUUUUUUGUGAUGGUUGCAGGUGCACCCUCAGCCCACGGGGAGGCACAAGCAGGAGGUUUAUUAACAGGGACUGCAACAGAGGGGGUUAUUCUAUGUCACGUUGGCCUGACGUCAUUGAUUUUGCAGCAGGCCAACCUGGCAUGAGCGCUGAGAGUGGUCAGUGUGUGCUUCAGAAAGCACUAUUUUUAGAUUCCUUUUGGAUCAGCCGCAGCCUCUUUCGUGUGUGUGUGUGUCAGUGCUAUUGUGCCAAGCUUGUGAAUGAAGUCACCAAAAAAAAAAAAAAGACCCAUUUUAAUGAACUCACCCGACGCCUCCAGGGUUGCCUGCACUGAACAAACUGCUCAACAUAUAAACCUGAGUGAAUGAUUAGAACGAGCGAGCAACCAUUUGCUAGCAUUUCACACCUUUCAUAAGCGAACACCCCCCCCUCCUCCCGUAACUCUUUCCUUCCCCAGGAGAGGGGAAAAGUAGAUGCUAAAAAUAACUUGGAGGCUCUACAGGUUGGUGUGCUGGACGCUGAGAAGCUGCAGGUUGGGGCGGGGCUGGAUGCUGGGAGGCUCUGUGAGCUCCAGUGAUUUUUUUCUUUCCCCCCCUCCUCCAUUGAUCAGUAUAGUGGGGAAGGCGGAUCCUCUGACGUCGCCGUCAGGCUGCUCGGCUGCGUCAGAGUCCAGCUGAGCGAAGGAAGAAGGAAACAAGGAAUAAAAAGGAAAGGAGGUCCUGAUAGGCCGGGGAGAGCCGACGGACUGUGUCACCGAGACGAGACCUGUGUCGUGCCCACGGCGGACGGACGGACGGACGGACAGACCGGCAGACAAUGGAGGGCUCCACAGAGGAAGACUACAAAGAGAAAUUAUUAUGGAACGUCAAACGAGAGGUUAAGCAGAUUAUGGAGGAAGCAGUGACUAAGAAGUUUGUCCACGAAGACAGCAGCCACAUCAUAGCUCUGUGCACUGCCAUCGAGGCCUGCCUGGGUCACUUGCUGAAGAGACGGGCAGCUGGUUUUCUCCGCAGUGACAAGAUCGCCGCCCUCUUCACCAAAGUCGGAAAAGUUUACGAAACGGCUGGUGAGGUUUGCCGCAAAGUGCAGGAGCAACUCCAGCAGCAGGCUGAUCUCACCAGGAGAACCCAGAGUGUGGGCCAUGAACCUUUGAGAAGACAGGGUUCCUCCACCACCAGCCGACCCCCUCAGCCCCUCUCUGCCCAGGCCAUCAAACACAUCUGGGUCCGGACGGCUCUGUUUGAGAAAGUUCUUGACAAAAUAGUGCAGUACAUUGUUGACAACUGCAGUAAAUACUAUGAGAGGGAGGCUCUGAUGCAUGACUCAGUCUUUGGGCCCAUCUUGGCAGCUCUACUGGUGGGCCCCUGUGCUCUGGAGUACACCAAGCUGAAGACGUCGGAUCAUUUCUGGACAGACCCCUCAGCUAACGAGCUGGUUCAGCGUCACCGGAUUCACGGGGCCCACCGGGGCCAAGACACCUCAGCUGGCCGCCGGCCCGCUCUAGGGAUCCGCAAGAGACAGUCUAGUGGCAGCAUGUCGGAGGACAGGUUUGCUGCAUCAGCAAGGGAGUACGUGGAGUCUCUUCACCAGAACUCCAGAACACACCUUCUCUACGGCAAAAACAACGUCCUGGUGCAGCCGAAGAAGGACAUGGAGGUGUUGCGUGGCUACCUGUCCCUCCACCAGGCUGGGGAUAACCUCACCCUGAAGUGGACUCCCAACCAGCUCAUCAAUGGUACGCUGGGGGACUGUGACCUGGAGAAGAGUGUCUACUGGGACUACGCACUGACUGUCCCUCUGCGCCAGAUAGUCUGUAUCCACUGUCACCAGCGUCCUGACUGUGGUGGUACGCUGGUUUUGGUCAGUCAGGAUGGAAUCCAGCGGCCGCCCCUCCACUUCCCCCCUGGUGGUCACCUGUUGGCCUUCCUCUCUUGUUUGGAGGCAGGUCUUUUACCCCGGGGGCAGCUGGAGCCCCCACUCUGGUCCCAGAAAGGCAAGGGGAAAGUGUUCCCUAAACUGAAGAAGAGGAGCAGUGCUGCGAAGCUCGUUGACCAGGACAGGAAUGGCGAGGAGCAGACAGCUGCCGACUACGUGUUUCGCAUCGUCUACCCUGGAUACCACUAUGACGCCAUCACUAUAAACUACCACCACACCACGGGCAGCCGCGCUCCAUCGCUGGACGAUGACGAGGAAGAGGAAGAUAGGCUCCAUGCUAUGAUCUCAAUGAUCUGCUCGCGGAACCUCACAGACCCUAAUGUCAUGAAAGACCAUGGGGAGAUGAUGGAGAUGCAGGGUUUUGGAAGUAGCCCGUCGUCGUGGCAACAGGCCGAAGUAACCACUCAUGAGUCACUGUGCCAGUCCUGCUCCACGGCCGGUGGCAACGUGUCAUUCGACUACCCGGCCGGCUGUACCUGCAUACAUGACCCAGCGGACAUUCACACUAUCCCUCUUAAGAUGCUCUGCCAGAACAUGAAGAGGCAGAUUGUCUCCAGAGCUUUUUAUGGAUGGUUGGCCUACUGUCGACACCUGUCCACCGUGCGGACUCACCUGUCAGCUCUGGUCAACCACAACAUCGUCCCUCCAGACAGACCCUGUGAGGCGUCCGGGGGCCUCAGCAAAGAGGUGUGGAGCAAAUACCAGAAAGACUGCAAGAACUACAAAGAGCUGGAGCUGCUAAGGCUGGUUUAUUAUGGUGGAGUGCAACAUGACAUCAGGAAGGAAGUCUGGCCUUUCUUGCUGGGACACUACAAGUUCGGCAUGGGCAAAAAGGACAUGAGCCAGAUCGAUGCCAAGAUCAGCGAGCGUUACCAGCAGGUGAUGCGGGAGUGGAAGGCCUGUGAGGUGAUUGUCAAGCAGAGAGAGAAGGAGAUGCAGUCAGCCAUCUUUGCCAAGCUGUCCUCAGGCAGCAGCAUCGACAGCCACGUCCUGCGACUGGUUCACAGAGACUCCACACUCAGCAACGAGGUGUUUAUGUCAGUGGACGAGCCGGACACAGGGAGCCAGGAGACCCCCAGUGGAGAAGACAAUACCCCCACCAUGACCACACUGGUUCCCCCUGCAGCCCUCCCUCCAGAAGAGCGCCCUCUCGUGGAGUUCGACUCCCCCGACUCGGGUCUGCCAUCCUCCAGAAACUACUCAGUGACCUCUGCUCAUUCCCAGAUCCUGUCCAGCAUAGACGACGGUCAGAGUACGGAGGAGGAAGGGGGGGUCGGGGAGGAGGGCAGGUCUCCCGGGGUACUUGGGGGGCGUCAGAACUCUCUGAGUGAGGACAGGCUGUGCAGUCAACUGGACAAACUGGUGACCAAUGGGGUGGCUGCAGAGGGAAUAUCACCUUCACUCUCUUCAUAUACGAUCGAGCUGUUGGACACAGUUGCUCUAAACCUCCACAGAAUAGACAAAGAUGUGCAGCGCUGCGACCGCAACUAUUAUUACUUCACCACAGCCAACCUGGAGAAACUACGCAACAUCAUGUGCAGCUAUGUGUGGGAGCAUUUAGAGAUGGGCUAUGUUCAGGGCAUGUGUGACCUGCUUGCUCCGCUCAUGGUCAUCCUGGAUGAUGAGUGCCUGGCGUACAGCUGUUUCACUCAGCUAAUGAAGAGGAUGAGUCAGAACUUCCCUAAUGGUGGGGCCAUGGACACACACUUUGCCAACAUGAGGUCACUGAUCCAGAUCCUGGACUCGGAGCUGUUUGAACUGAUGCAGCAGAAUGGAGAUUACACUCAUUUUUACUUCUGUUACCGCUGGUUCCUGCUGGACUUCAAGAGAGAGCUCCUGUAUGAGGAUGUGUUUGCGGUGUGGGAGGUGAUAUGGGUGGCUCCCAGGAUUUCCUCGCAACAUUUUGUCCUUUUUCUGGCCUUGGCUCUGGUCACGGUUUACCGUGAGAUCAUCAUCGACAAUAACAUGGACUUCACUGACAUCAUCAAGUUCUUCAAUGAGAUGGCUGAGCGUCACGAUGUCCAGCAUAUUUUGAAGAUAGCACGUGAGCUGGUGCACAAAGUCCAGUCUCUGAUGGACAACAAGUGACUAUAGGAGAGGAGGAGGACGAGUGUCCAACCCUGCAGGACACUCAGCUCUUCCUCUCAGCCCUCAGCAAGACAGAGUGUUUCCAGGCCUCCACCUACCCAGAGCAGGUCCAGGGAGUCCAGGUCUCCUCCCCGCCCAGAUGAAGGCCCUGGGAGCGGGUCAGGAGCGCUGCUGAGGCAGCCUGGCUCUGGAGGCCAGCCUCAAUCUGUUUACAUUUACCUUCACAUGGAAUGCCAAUGGUGUCUGUUCAGACAUGUGGAUUUGUCUGCAUGCUUGUGAGUUUGAUCACACUGUGAACGCAUUCUUGAGUCUCCCCAGUCCUACAGAGCUUGUGUGCGUGCAUGAAAACACACACACACACACACACACAUAUAAAAACACACUGAAACAACAUUAUCAGUACUCCAGUUUUCUAGAGUGUCACCGUUUUCCUGACUCUGAACCAGAACAUAAUGGAUGCCGGUCAGGAAGGCUGAAGCGAUGCCAGUGUUUGACAGAUGUGUUCCUCCAUGCAAUUCCAGUGGAGGAUAAUUAACUACAGUGUGGGAGUGCAGGAUUUACAUCCAACAUUUUCAGAGGAGCAGAAGACUUAGCCACGAAGAGGUUUUCAUUAGUGACCAAAUGGACUGUGCCAACUACCUUUUCAUGAGUGUUUUCUACAACAAGCAUGUGUGUUUUUACCCCUCCCCCCCCACGUUUUUUCUUUUCGUCCAAGAGUUCAUUAUCACACAAAUGUUGCCUUUAUCAGUAACAGCCCAAGGUACUUAGUUGCACUUUCCGCGAUGGUUCCCUUCAUUGUGCCAGUGAAAGCCUCACCAGAGUCGGCGGGGGGCAAGAGGCACCACAAGAGGCUAAACUGUUGAGAAACCGAAGAAGAGUGUGUGAACUGCAGCCAACUUUCCUGAGCAUGUUAGUCAGUGGUUAAAGCAUGUUUACUCCGUGGUCCAAGUCAGAAGAAACAUAGUAGAGCACAACACUGAAGACAAAAGCACACAGGCUCUUCCUCUUUAGCUUAAGAGAAAACUAAUUAGUAGGACCUUGGUUUUAGUUCAGGACCGUAGCUUUUCCGGUCCUUUCUCUGGUCAUGUUUCUGGGAGUUGGAGGAGUUGAAUAUCUAGAGCAGGAAUUAAAAUUGCUCACAUAUUACAUGUGUUAGUGUUUUAAGGCUGAUUCUGAUAUUUUUUAGAUUAUCUUAUCUUAUCUUAUCUCGGGAUGUGGUGUUACCCAACACCGAAUUUAUAACUUUUAAACAUAAUAAUAUUAAAUUAAUCCCCCCAGCAACACACACACACACACACUUUUUUUACUCUCUUCGUUUUUGUGAAGAGUCGUUUUUAUGGCCAAUCAAAAAUUUCUUAAAUGGUCGGAGAUGCGCUGGAGGGGAAUCUGGACUACUGACCUCAGUAUUUUUAAAACCCACAGGGGCCACAGUCCUGGCCAUUUAGUAUUAUAGAAUUGGGGUUGCUGAGAAAUAAACAUGACAGGUUGAGAGAAAGAUAAAGAUUAAUAAAAGAGAAAAAACACUUUGUGAAGAAUGUGAAGAAAGUAACACAUAGAAUAUAUUUACCAGUAUCUUAAGGUGGGUAUUUCUUUGAUGAUAGGGCUGACAUUAUUUAGAUCUUCGUUAUUGUCAACAAAUCCCAUGAAAAGAUCAAAAGCAACCAUCCGACAUCUCUCCCCGUCUGUGGUACCGAGCUUCAAGCCCACUGGUUCUUUCUGAUGGCCUGAUUCGUUAAGACUGUGUCCGCUGCAGUUAUUAUAUUUCUGAAGAAAAGCUCUGUGAUUUCCUGAGACAGGUGGACACUGUACUUUUUGACAAAAGACGAAAGUAUUGCAUUUGUUGAGGGUACUAAUUUCAUAGGUGGAUUAACACAGGUUUGGUGUUGUACGUAUCACUGCAUUUACAGUAGCAGGACUAAGCUUGAAGGUUUCCCCUGAUUUAAAAGUUACCCUUUUCCUGGGAUUUCUUGUCUGAUUUUAAAAAUCUGACUUAUUAACAACAAAUGGACAUUUCUCAUACUUUUCGUUUUUGGACAUGGACAAACUCUGUGACACAGAGAAAAAUGAUGAAUAAGGCUUGGGAUUUAAUCACAUUACUUGUCCAUUGCACAUGCGAUUUGUUGACAGAAACACAGCCUUGUCUUUUAAAUGGAUCCAUGUUUCCUUUGGAACUGGAGUCAAACAUGCUCACUAAUGUGGAGACACCAUGAAGACUCUUUAACUUCUUAUUGCACCAUCAGGAAAAGUGGCUGUAAAUGUCCAGUGUUGAAAGUCCAGCCUCUGAAAAUGAAAGCAUGUUUGGACUGUGAAUAACAGAUGCGUGGUCCCAGAAAUAGCUGAGAAGAAGCUGCUUUUCAUGCCAAACUCCGUAGUGUUCAGUGAAUCAGUAUUAGGUUGGUUUUGACUUCACAGUAACAGCACAGAGAACAUUCAUGUUUGUAUCUGAAGGGAAUCGGGGAAAUUUUUUGAUACUGUUUCCAAUCCUGCUCAUCAGUGUGACCCUUUAUCUCCUCGCCUCCUUAAAAUGUCUAACACAGCUGCAUAUGAUUGGUCAUCCAGCACGGACCUGCACCUGUGAUUCAAGUGCCAAGAGUCUUCCCCAAUCCUGAAGUGUACUGUAGUCAUCCAGCUCUCCGAUUCGCUAGUUUGACCCGAGGAAAGGAGCGGUGGUGUGGAUAAACCUCGCUACGACCUCUCCCCCUGCCCCACCCUGAUGCUGUGGUGACGGCGGAGGGUUGGCGGGGGAAUCCAGGGCCCAUAGCAGAGCUUUUUUUCUUCCAAUCAGGACAUUGUGUACCAAAGCCUUGAAACAGCCCCCUCUGUGGCAUGACGACAAUGUGCAAUUUCAUACUGCAUCUUGAAGACUGACUGUUUACUAUGUGUGUAAAAUAUUUUUGAAAAUGGUGAUCUUGGAUUCUUUAACUACUGUGCAAUUUCUGUCGUUUGAGAAAACCUGUUAGAGUCUAUAUUGCUGUAAAUAGAAACCGAAAGCCCAAUAUUUCUAUGAAGACAGUCAGAACAUAUAUAUUUAACUUAUUUUGGGAUCUAUUUUUUAUGUUGGUUUUAGCAGCACUAGUCAGAGGUGUAUACUGUGCAGAAAUGAAGAAUGUGUGCAGACUAUGUUACACGUUGACUGUUAAGUGUUCUUUCUCAAUGUUGUGCACUGACUUCAAGAUUUGAAAUUUCUAUUUAUUUAGAGAGCCAAUGAUUGCAUUGCUGAAUAUGUAUUGGUAAGGAUGUAUCAUUUGCCUUGAAUGUAAUGUAUUAUUAAAGAAGAAGUUGUUCAUUAGUGGGCUGCUCUCUUUC